UAUAUCUACCAUACCAAGCAGUACACACCCCUCUCCAAGUUCCAAAGAAAUAUGAGCGUAUAUACAGACAUGUUACAAAUAAAGAUCGACGAACCUAUAAUGGAAUGGUAACGGCAAUGGACCAAUCUGUUGGUACAAUUAUCACUGCUUUGAAGAAAUACAAAAUGCUGCGAAAUUCAAUUAUUGUAUUUACUACUGAUAAUGGAGGAGCAGCAAAUAUUGCAGGCAGUAAUUUGCCUCUCCGUGGGUCUAAAACGACAUUGUGGGAAGGUGGUACUCGUGGGGUUGGUUUUGUGUACAGUAAGAGAUUGUUCAAGAAAAAAUACGUUCAUGAAGGGUAA